GAAGAAUAGUGUAUAGGCAUACGGACUAGAGAAAGAGAUCAAGAUCUCGGUUUUGCGUAGGAAUUUAAAUAAUCACUUCAAUGGCUUCAAAAUUGUUAAUGAUCAUUGUCUUUGUUUUCGAUCUAAUUGCUUUUGCCUUGGCUGUUGCUGCUGAGCAAAGAAGAAGCACUGCCACGAUAAAGUUGGAUAACGAGAGAAAUUAUAACUAUUGCGUAUAUGACUCCGAUAUUUCUACUGGAUUUGGAGUCGGCGCAUUUCUUUUCCUCAUGGCGAGUCAAGCACUCAUAAUGUUUACCAGUAGAUGCUUCUGCUGCGGCAAGGCUCUAACUCCUGGAAGUUCGAGGGCGUGUGCAGUUCUUCUUUUCGUUUUUUGCUGGGUGACAUUUUUCAUUGCUGAGGUUUGCUUGCUGGCUGGAUCGGUGAGGAAUGCUUAUCACACUAAGUAUAGAACGCGGUUUUUUGAAAACCCUCCUUCUUGCGAGACGGUGAGAAAGGGAGUUUUUGCAGCAGGAGCGUCUUUCAUUUUCUUCACCGGCAUUAUCUCUGAGUUUUACUAUAUUUCUUAUUCCAAGGCUCGGGGAAGCCCGGGACCAUAUGGAGGAGAAGCUGGAAUUGGUAUGGGACUGUUUAAGUGAGUUAGAUAAAGCCUCCAGGGUACGCUCUCUGCAUCAUAUUGGAUUUUUGGUUUGCUACUUAUCUUGGUAUAGGAGUCUACUAUAGUUGAAAAAAAGCAUAAAAUUCAUAUACUUAUUUCUAAUAUUGAUACUUCUAUGACCCUGUAAAAUUUUUCCUUGUUAUGUGGAUGUAUUAUCUGUAUGAAUCUCUUAUUCUGUUACUUUACAUUACAAGAAACUUGAGCAA